AUGUUUCAGUCUGAUUUUCAUGUCAAUAGUGGCUUAUUAAGUGGAAAUAAUCCAUUUCAAAAUGGUAAUGCUAAUGCUCAUGCUCUUUCAACUGGUGCGGCUGCUUUCAGUGGUGCUAAUUAUAUGAUUAAUCCUUUACAAGAUGCUGAUAAUGAUGAUGAUUUAGAUCCAUUUGGAGAUAAUGAUUCAUUAUACCUGGAAACCGGUGAAGAAAUCGUCAGAAGAGGUGCUACUAUCAAAAGAAAGAAAACAGUUGGAUUUAGAGAUAACACUAGUAAAGAUGAUGAUGAAGAAGAUGAAUAUUUCGUCCCCAAAUUGCAUUAUACCAAGACAAUUAAAAGAGCAAGAUUAGUUAAUGGGAAUUAUAUCAUUGAUGCUCCAGUUCCAAAGGCACUUUUAGAAACUUAUGGAAGAUCAAAUAAUAAUACCAGUCAUGAAACUUCAUUCUUAAGAUAUACUGGUGCUACUUGUGGUCCUUCAAAUUUCCAAAAAUUCAAUUAUACCUUACGUCAAGAGUUAUAUUCUCCAAAGAGAGAAACAGAAAUCAUGAUUUGUAUUACGAUGUAUAACGAAGAUGAAUUCUUAUUAGCUCGUACUUUAAAGGGUGUAUUUGACAACAUUAAAGAUUUAACUGAAAGAGGGAAUUCUUCAACUUGGGGUCCUGAAAGUUGGAAGAAGAUUGUUGUUUGUAUUGUGGCUGAUGGUAGAUUACAAUUAAAUAAACGUUCACAAAUGCUUUUAGCUAGUUUGGGGGUUUAUCAAGAUGGUUAUGCUAAAUCUAAAAUCCAAGAAAAAUCAGUCAAAUCUCAUAUUUAUGAAUAUACUUCAACAGUAGGUAUUGAUGAAAUUAAUGAUAAGAUUCAUUUUGGAGUUAAUUCAACUCCAGUUCAAUUAAUGUUUUGUUUAAAGGAAAAGAAUUUAAGAAAGAUUAAUUCCCAUCGUUGGUGUUUCCAAGCAUUCUCUCCAAUUUUAAAUCCAAAAGUAGUGAUGCUUUUAGAUUGUGGUACUAAACCAGAAAAGGAUGCCUUUUAUUACUUAUGGAGAGCAUUUAAAGAUUCAAAUGUAGGUGGUGCUUGUGGAGAAAUGAGAGUUUCAUUAGGUCCAAGUAAAAAAUUAUUAGCUAAUCCAUUAGUGGCAGCUCAAAAUUUCGAAUAUAAAAUCUCCAAUAUUUUAGAUAAACCUAUGGAAUCAGUAUUUGGAUUCAUUAGUGUUUUACCUGGUGCUUUCAGUGCUUAUAGAUAUGAAGCUUUAUUAAAUGUUAAUAGUAAGGGACCAUUAGAAAAAUAUUUCAAAGGGGAAUUCUUGCAUAAUGGUAAUGAUGAUGAAGAUGGAGAAGAAGAUGAUGAAAAGGAUGUUAAGGAAAGAAAUUAUCGAGAAGCAGGUUUAUUCACUUCCAAUAUGUAUUUAGCAGAAGAUAGAAUCUUAUGUUUUGAAUUAGUGGCUAAGAAAAAUCAUAAUUACGUAUUAAGAUAUGUUAAUGAAGCUAAAGCUGAAACAGAUGCUCCAGAAAAAAUUGAUGAAUUCGUUUUACAAAGAAGAAGAUGGUUAAAUGGGGCCAUGUUUGCUGCUAUAUAUGCUAUGUUCCAUUGGACUAAGAUUUGGAGAUCAAAUCACUCUUUAUUAAGAAAAUUAGUAUUACAAUUAGAAUUCUAUUAUCAAUUGGUAACUAUCUUAGUGUCAUGGUUUUCAUUAGCAUCAUUUUUCUUAGUAUUUAGAAUUUUAACAGCUAAUUUAGGAGCUACUGAUAUGCAUUUUGAAGUGGGUAAAUAUCUUGCGGCUAUAUUUUUAUGGUGUUAUGUUGGAGCGGUGGUAAUUGCAUUCGUAUUAGCAUUUGGUAAUACUCCUAAGGGAGCUCGGAAAUUUUAUACCCUUAUUGCUGUUUGUUUUGCGAUUUUAAUGGCAUAUUUAAUGUUUUCCGUUAUUUUCUUAGCCAUUCAUACUGUUAAAGCCAUUAUUUCUGAUAAUGGAGGAUUCACUCCUAUUAUGAUGUUUACCAAUUCCAAAUUUAGAGAUUUAAUUCUUUCUAUUGUUUCCACUUAUGUAUUAUAUUUUGUGGGAGCUAUAAUUUAUGGAGAACCAAGUUUUAUGUUUACAUCGUUUGUACAAUAUGUGUUAUUAUCACCAUAUUAUAUCAAUGUGUUAAACAUUUACGCCUUCUGUAAUAUUCAUGAUGUUUCAUGGGGUACUAAAGGAGUGGUUCAAGCUAAAGAUUUAGGAUCAGCUAAAAUCGUCAAUAAUAGAGAUGAAUUUGUGAUGAUUGUUCCUGGAGUUGAAUCUGAAUUAAAUGAAUCCUAUUUAAAUACAAUUAAAACAUUAAAAAGUGAAGAAAUGGUUAAACCAGUGAAGAAAACAUCAAGAAAAUCAAAGGAAGAUAAUGAUUCUUAUUAUGCAUUAAUAAGAACCUUAACGGUAUUAGCAUGGAUGUUAUCAAAUGCGAUAUUGAUAGCUAUAGUCUUACAAGCUGGGGGUGUUUUAACCGGGACAUAUAAUAAUGAUAAUGGGAAUGAUACUUUAAGUUCUAAUUCACAAGUAUUUUUAUCGAUUAUUUUAUGGAUUGUGGCCGGAUUAGCAUUAUUUAGAUUUAUUGGAAGUGUAUUAUUUUUAAUAUUCAAAGCAUUUAGACCAUUAAAAUGGAAAUUAAGAGGGAAAAAGAGUAAAGAUGGUUUAUUAAGAAAAGAAAUCGUUUAG